UUAAAUUUUAUUGUCCAUUAAUUACCAAUAAUUAGCAUUUAUUGUCGUUCCCAAUUAUCAAAUUUAUCCUUCUGUUACUGCUUCCUGGUAAGAAUCCGUCCGUUGCUACAUCUGAUACAAAAUCUCUAGCCUCAAUAUUUGAGCCUUAUUUCUCGCUUCCCAAUAAUCCCCCAUCUCUCCAUCUGGUUCGGUCGGUGGAGGUGGGUGAAUGAGUGAAUCCCUUUUUGUGUUUUGUGUAUAUGGUUAGAACACUGGUAUUGAAGAAUCUGGACUCAAAGUAACCACAUGCAGAUUCUGGGUCGUCUUUAUUUGUUCCUCGUUGUAUGUUGUGUUCUUGAGUUUCAUAAGAAUUUUCCGGCGUGCCUGUUUAGGGGGUGCAUUUUGAUGGAUUUUAUCACAUGUUUGAAGCAAUUGAAUGAUUUUGUGGUGUUUGGGACAUUGAAGCAAGUUUUUGAAUUUUUGGGGCUGUUCUUUUUGUUGGGUUUUGGGUUAAAGCUCUUUCAAUUUGAUUGGUUUUACUUUUUUACCGGUUUGGUCCGUUUUCUUGGUGAUUUUAGAGGAAAAUUAGAUGGGUUUUGUUCAAAAAGUGAUUUUGAUGAGAAUUUCAGUUCAAAUUGCAAAUGGGGGUCAAGAAAUACUAAUGCACCCAGAGUCUAUAAAAUGGAGGAAAAUACAGAAAAUUUGAAUAUGUUUACUGUUGAUCAUGAAGAAGUAAUUACAGAUUAUGAUGAAGAAUGUGAUGCUGAUGAAAAAGAGUAUAGUGAUGAAGUGGAAGAAUUUGAUAUUACAGAAUUGAAGAAACUGGUAAAGAUUGAGAGGAAGAGAGCAAAUGUAGCUUAUGCUGAACUUGAGAAGGAAAGGGCAGCUUCUGCCACUGCAGCUGAGGAAACAAUGGCUAUGAUUUUGAGACUUCAGAAUGAGAAGAGUUUGAUCGAAAUGGAAGCUAAUCAGUACCGUAAAUUGGCUGAAAAGAAGCAACUCCAUGAUCAAGAAGUGAUUCGAUCAUUGAAGUGGCUUCUACUGAGUCAUUCAGCAGAAAAGAGUCUUUUGGAAGAUCAGUUGAGAUUGUGUAGAAGAAAAUUGAAACAUUUUAUCAAGAAUGAUGAAUGUGAAGGAGAUGAAGAAGGUUCCAGUCCUUUGAAUCUCGGGAUUGAGGAUGCCAUUGAAGAUUUGUUCUAUAGCUCGCUUGACAUGAAUUUGUUGCUGGAAUAGAGACACUUGAAAAUCUGUAUUGAAUGGCGUAAUUUAGAGACUACAUUUGUAAAGCAUUUGGCUUCUAUAUUUAGAAUACUAAACUUACAAAGAUAAUAAAUAGAUGAUAUGCAAUAUGAUACAUGGUAAGUUUCAAUACUAAUUAGAUUUGAUCUGCAGUUGCUAGUACAGAAGCACAUGAGAAAAUGACUACAUUUUGUGAAGAAUGAUCGAAAUGAUGAACAGCAAGGAGUCGGAAAAGCUUUGAGUUCUUUUAAUCUCAGCAUUGAGGAUGCCAUUGAAGAUGUGCUAUGGAGCUCACCUGACAUGAAUUUACAAACAGAGAGUAAGUUGCUUUUGUGUAUACAUUAACUUCAUUAAUGCUUUCUUAUUUUGCAAUGCUGAAAUCAGAAAUCAGAAAUAAGAAUUGAAUUAAAUUUACUAUAUGAUUUUGAUUAUUGAGAAAAAGCAUCAUAAUGUAGUUCAUGGUCCCCUCAACCAAAUUCUCUGCUUUCCAUUGUAUUAUCAUGAGUUAAUGAUUAACAUAUAUAAUUACAAAUAUGUAUAUUCAACAAUGCAGUUCAAUCUUUUUAUAUAAUAUAACUCAACGUGAUUUUAAUGUUAAUGUAAAUACUACCUAGUGGGGAGGUGGUCCUCCCUUCCCCAAAUUUUCUAUCCUUUUAUCCUGUUGUUUCUUGGGAUGGGAAGUUGUAGGUGACCUUUUUGUUCUCAGAUUCUAUUCAGACAAGAGCCCAAGACCGCAUUUUUUUUUCUAGGUGCGAUGUGGUACUGGCCGACAUUCCAAAGGAAAUCCGGUAGUGAUAUUAUGGACAUUCUUUAGGAUUUUUUGGUUUGAAGAUGUUUAGGGUAUUGCUGUUUCUUGAUAUUGAGAGCAUUGUUAUUAUCUGAGUUUUCCAUUUGCAAAAACUUAAUUUCCUAUCUUGGGAAAGAAAAGUGCAGUAAUUUCACUUUCGAAAUAUAAAUUUUGUAUCUUAGACCGAACAAGAUUAAGUAAAGAAAAAAGUUAAAAUCUUGUCUCUGUAUUUUAUGUCAAUUAUUGUUUAACACCGUAUAGAGACGGUACGAAAAUGCUUAAGAUUCUUUUUUACUCUUAAGGUAGUUUAUGUUGUGCAAGUAUUCUUCAGUGAUCUCUACAUGAAGGAUCUAUUGAUGUUUUGUGGAAGCUAAUCAUGGACAGGGAUUGCUGGAUUUUAACAUGGCUUUUACCUAGUGGAAGGAUAGUCAGCAACCCUCUCCGCCAUUAAUGGUAUCCUAUCCCAACUUUAGGGUCGAGGUCAAUAUUGAACUCAAGUUGUGUUCCCAUAGCUAUGUGCAUCUUGGGUAUACAGUAAUAAACGGGAUAAGACAAUGCUAGAUAAGACUGAGGAGAGCUAACAUCUUUUUGCUAUCGAUCGAUCAUGUCAUGUAUUGAUUACCAAGUAAGAAUGAACCAAAUAUGUGAACCAAAUUCCAACUUAGAUGUAUUGUAGUUUUGAGAGGUAGAAAUUGUUUGAUACUUAAAACAAAGUUAGACAAGAUUUAAAAAUAUUAAUACUUGUCUAAUUUAAUAUACCAAAUAUAUCAAUACACCUUCGUCA